AUGAGUGUCAGUCAGCAGGGAGCGAGGCGACUGGCGUCUAGCAAUGUCCUCUCACGCGACACGGUAUGCUCCUCAUGUCGGCAUCGGAUAUCGAACACGACAUCGAGACGACACGCUUCGGCGGCAGUGGAUACCGGAGGAGCCCGCACGGGACAGCCAGAACCAACAGAGCCUGCCACAGCGACAGGGCCCCAGAAAGCAUUCAGGCUCGCCUGCAGUCCAGUACUAUCACGGUCGCCUCUAAUUACACGGGAACUCACAUCAUUCGAGAAAGCAUUCUACCUAUAUCAAAAACGACUUAACGAGCGACUCGCAUUACCCUUCACACGAUACUUUUACUACAAGAAGGGCACGCCGGCAGAUGUCGAAUGGAAACGGAAAGCCAAGGCGCGGAAAGGUGUCGCAGCGAGAGACAUUGGCCUGUACAAUGCGUAUACCGAAGAAAGCUGGAACGAUGAAGUGCUUGUUGGAAGUCGAUUGGGAGAGCCGGAUGAGGUUGUGGAAAGACUGAUCCGAGAUGCUCAAGGCAAAGACAUUGAGCAGGCACAGUUGCAAGGCGACGCAGAAGCCGGCAAGACGGAGAUCAGCGGUGAUGCGAAAGCUGGCGAGGGUGUGAGGAAGCCAGUGGGCGAAGUUGCUGUGGAACGACCUGCGCCGCGCACCACAGAAGCGGACCAGAAGAACGACCUGCGGAGUCUGAGCAGGAGGCUCGACCGAGCAUUGUAUUUGCUCGUAAAGCGGAAGGAUGGUUCAUGGCGCUUUCCUGAGGACAGAGUGUACGGGAGGGAGAAUCUGCACCAGGCAGCCGAACGCAUCUUGGUACAAGCAGGCGGUAUCAACAUGAACACAUGGGUCGUCAGCAACCAUCCAGUCGGCCACUUCGCUCGUUGGUACUACGCAUCGCCAAUCUUGUCGAAGAUCCCACCAAAUCGUCUCGUCAGCACGUCCAUGGAAGAGGUAGCGCAAGAAGAGCAUGGAGAGAAGGUCUUCUUCAUGAAGUCACGGAUUUUGGCCGGCCAAGCAGACAUCUCGAAGAAUGAGCUAGGCGAUCAGGAGUUCCAGUGGCUGACGAAAGAGGAGAUUCAAACGAUGGUGACUCCAUCAUACUGGUUUCACAUCAGGAAUAUGCUCACCGAGCGGUGA